AUGCGGAUUGCGAGCUUCGUCUAUUGUAUUUCCACCGCGGCUGCCCUAUCUACGAUACCAGUAGUGACCAAAAAACCAUCCAGAUUCCUACUUCUUGGCGGUGCCGGUCGUAUAGGUACGGCCGCUGCGUCACACCUUUUAUUACGUGACCCAUCUUCCCAAAUCAUUCUCGUUGGACGCUCCAAUGAUGGAAGCCGAGCCGUUGAGGAAGUUCGGAUGGAUCAUCCAAACGCGACCGUGUCGUAUGAGCAAGUAGCCGAUAUCUGGGAAGGUGAAGGUCCAUCGGUAGACAGGCUAAAGAGUUUGAUGCGAGAAUCGGACUGCAUCAUACAUACCGCAGGUCCCUACCUACACCGAAAACCGACCCCAAUGAAACUAGCAAUUGAAUCGCGAUGCCAAGUUUAUGUGGACGUAUCUGAUCCACUUCCGUACUUGGAAACUGCCUGUCUCAUGAAUCACACGAGCGUCACUACAACCUGUCUCCUUUCGGCUGGUGCCUUUCCCGGUAUGUCCAAUGUCAUGGCUAUGGAGGCAGCAUCGUACUUGGGCGGAGAGAGUGUACACGAUGUCCGAUUUCAAUACUUUACGGCAGGGCUAGGGGGAUCGGGUCCACUCAAUCUAUACAUUACGAAUCUUGGUUUCGGAGAACCAAUGGUGCAGUACGACGGCGGACAGCUGCGCUUUUUUACGGCCCUUUCGGGCUCGUUACUAGGAAAGGUCAAUUUCUUCUUGAACAAUGCUUCUCGGUCCAUUGGCACUAGCGGAUUCGGUAAUGAACAGGCUCGCCAACGCGUUGGUUCCCAACCCGUGUUCGCCUGGCCUUUUCCCGAAGCCGCAACGGUUGCGACAGAGCUACGUGCCCGUGGUGGUUCUACAGCCGCAAUGGGCACCGCUCCCGGUAUAUGGAACACAGUGUUGGCGAUCCUUGUCAAGCUCAUCCCUCGACCAUGGUGGAGAAACGAAACAUUUUCGAAGUUUCUCGCCGACUUUUCCGAGCCCAUGGUCUGGGCAACGGACAAAAUCCUUCGAGCCAGCGACCCGGCCGGAGUCGGCGAGACACACGCCAUGCGAGUCGACGUAAGCGGACGCAGAGGUCCCCAUAUUUCUAUUGUACAAGCGCACGAUUCGUUCCGUCAGUGUGUCGGGCAAUCUUGUGCCGAGUUCGCUUUGGACUGCUUGCGGUACCCCGCCGUGGGAGUAGAGCUACCCGAGCGUCGAUAUCGUGACCCCAUUGCUCACUGA